AUGGCGACCGAUCAAGCUAAGCCGAAGGGCAAGAAGGCCAAGGUGGCCUCGGAGCAGGUAGCUUCGCGAAAGUCGAGCAGGAUAUCGGAUCAGAGCGCUGCGAAGCGGAAGGCGACGGAAGACGAGUCUCCGAGCGCGAACAAGAAGCGGAAGCCGGAGGAGAAGCCGGUAGAGAAGGCAGCCAGCAAGAAGACGAAGAAGGUCGCGGACAAGGAGGAAAAGAAGGAGAAGGAGGAAAAGGUGGAGACGGUGGAGAAGGUGGAAGCCCCAGCCCCUGUGAAGAAGACACCGACGAAGAAGGGACAGGCGAAGACGAAGAAGGCAGCGGCAGCCAAGGCGGUCGAGAAGAUGGACGUGGACGAGGAGGAGAAGAAGGAGGAAGAGAAGAUGGAUGUGGACGAAAAGGACGAAAAGGACGAGGUGGCCGAGGAGGACGACGAGACGACCAAGGCGCUCGUGGAGGAGAUUGACGGCGGUGACGACGAGGCGAGCGGCGGCGCGAGCCUGUUUGAGCGCGGCCAGGACGUGGGCAAGGUGCCCUCGACGGCGACCACGUCGUCCAAAAAGAAGGGCGCGGCCAAGGGGAAGACGGCGCCGGCUGCGGCUGCGGCCGCGCUGGCCACCAGCAUCAGCGCCAACGGUGAGCCGCGCGGCGGUGUGGUCUACGUCGGACGCAUUCCACACGGCUUCUUCGAGCACGAGAUGCGCAGCUACUUUUCGCAGUUUGGCGACAUCCGGCGGCUGCGGCUCUCGCGCAACCGCCGCACCGGCGCCAGCAAGCAUUAUGCCUUUAUCGAGUUUGCCGACCCGGACGUGGCCGACAUUGUGGCCCAGACCAUGGACAGCUACCUGCUCUUCGGCCACAUCCUGCGCUGCAGCGUCGUGCCGCCCGAGCGCGUGCCGGCGAACCUGUUUGUCGGUGCCAACCGCCGAUUCAAGGUCGUGCCGUGGAACCGGCUGGCUGGCCGCGAGCUGGCCGAACCCAAGUCUGAGUCCGCGUGGGAGGCCAGGUCCGGCCGCGAGGCCAGGCGUCGCAGCAAGCGUGCCAGCCUGCUGCAGGAGAGGAUCGGCUACGCGUUCGAGGCGCCCGGCCUGAAAAAGGCCGUGGCCACGAUCAAGGCGGCAGGCGAGGACGAGGAGAAGGAGAGCGGUGAGGCUGCCACCGAGACUGCUGAGACUGCCGCCGAGACUGCUGAGACUGCCGCCGAGACUGCUGAGACUGCCGCCGAGACUGCUGAGACUGUCACAGAGACUGCCACAGAAGCCGAAGCUGUCGAGGCGCCCAAGACGGAGCUGCUGACGGCCACCGAGGCCGAGAAGGAGCCCGAGGUCGUCGUCGCACCCAAGGAGACAAAGGCGGCCAAGGCAAAGAAGUCCCGGGCCAAGAAGAGCAAAGCGUGA